CAAUUUGUCAUUUUCCGUUUUCCGGUUGUUACUACUCUGUCCGGAUUCAUGGGUAGAUGACCGGCCUUCACUCAGUCUAAACGCGUCGUUAGUUCCUUGUAGUGUUUUAUUGCUACAGAGCGAAACAUUAACGAGCAGAUGGAUAUGGACAUAUGCAGUUAUCUACGGUCCGAGAGGAUCUCCGCUGCACCGUAUACUACGCUUACUAAACUUUUGGAGAAAUGGGGAACCAUUCAACCAGAUAGAGAAGCCAUUGUUUGUUACAGCCACGACGGGACCAGAACCUCGAUAACUUACGGUAAAUUCUACAACCAUGCCGUCAAGUUGGCAAAGGGGCUCAUACGUAUUGGUGUAAAGGGAGGGGACUAUGUCGGAAUCGGAGGAAACAACACGCCUGAAUGGAUGGUGGGUACCUAUGGGGUUCUAUUUGCCAAGGCUCGCCCGGUAUACUUUCCGUUCCACGACAAAAGUGGAGAUGGUAUCAACAGAACUCUGACCAAGGUCGGCGGAUGCAAGGCAAUCCUCUUUGAUCCGGGACUCGGAGAUUCUCAUUGGGAAGUAAUGCAACGAAUAGCUCAAGUUGAUCAAAGCACUGGAGGUGUAUUGCAAUCUGAUAUCCCUGCUUUGAAAUGGCUGAUAGCACUUUCUCCGAUAGGAUCACAUGAAGGAUUUCCAACAAUAGCCAGUAUUUUUUGCGAUGACAACACUGAACUGCCUGAAAUUGACCCUGAAGAUAUAGCAGCUGUGCUUCAAACCUCUGGAAGUACGGGAUUUCCAAAAGUGGUCAAAAAAACCCAUUACGAAUUUGUCAAAUAUGGUGAUGAUUAUGCCUUUCUUUUAGAUGUGGAUAUAAAGAAAGGCAGUGGCACCAUCUAUUACAAUGAUCGACCCUUCUUCUGGCUAGGCGGGUACCCUGGAUUUGUAAUUGUAGUUGGCGGAACAAGAGUUACUCAGAAAACCACGCUGGCGUUGUCAUCAUAUUCAGAGAUUGUACAAUUCACCAAGACCAUCAUUCAUAAGGAAAAACCUGACUGUGGAUUUUUUGUAGUUCCUUUCUACCUAGAAAUGACGGGAUCAGAAGACUUUCUUUGGAAAUUUCGAUCAGUUAUUGUAUCAGGCCAACCCAUUCCGCCAAUUUGUUUCGAGGGCAAAGGUAAGGUAUAUGACACCUUUUCAGCCCUUUAUGGUAGCACAGAAGCUGGUAUGAUUGCAGGAAAAAUUUAUCGUUCAUCUGAACCGCGGGGGGAUGAAAUUAUCGGCAUGUUACCUCUAGCAGGUAUGGAAUUAAAGGUGGUCGGAAAGGAUGGCUUCGUUGUUCCUCGAAGUUCGAAAGGUGAGCUUUACAUACGCUCGUCCCCUCAAUUUAAGGGAUAUCUAAAUGACCCAGAGAAAACAGCGAUAGUCCUAGACUCUUCUGGUUGGUAUAAAGCAGACGACUUCUGUAAAAUCAAUUCAGCGGGACAUCUGGAGGUAUUGGGUAGAGUGUCGGACGUGAUGCAAAUAUCAGGAAACAAAAUUACUCCUUCUUUCAUUGAAGAAUAUGUAAAAAGGCACCCGGAUGUUAUGGAGGUGGUGGUCUUCGCCAUCAAGGACCAAAGUCACGCGGAUGACGUUCCAUGUGCUGCAGUUGUCAGAGUGGACGGAUCGAACUUGACCGAAGAAUCCCUGCGUGAGUUUAUCAAACGAGAACUGAGCAUCACAGAAGAAGCAAAGUUUACGGAAAAUGUCUACGUACCCAGGCAUAUUGUGUUUCUUAAUGAUCUACCAAGAACAUCUACGGGCAAGUCUGAUCGGAAAGCUGUCAAAAAUAUGUGUCUUCCUAAAACGUAGGCCAUCUGCGAAUGGUAUCUUUAUCCGACAAAUAUGACAAGGAUUAGAAAUAACAGAAUCACGAAAUAAAAUCCAAACAGAUUGUAUAAAUUUGGUUAGAAUCAUCCGCCGCUGUGGGGAAUGCGGUUUAGUUUUGGCUUACUACAACAAGUUACUCAAAUCUCAAUGAACUGUUUCAUGUUGGCGUCAAAUGGGCUUUUCAACACUAUUUUGUUUUUUGUUGUUGAAUUUCUCUUUGUGCUGAUCUAUUUGUCAUGUUUGAAUAUACAUUUGUUGGGAAUUACAGUAUAUUGAAAGCCUUAUUUUACGUUAUGGUGUCAUUAAUUGUGAAUAUGUUUAUAUACACUGUAUCAUGGAUAAAUAUAUUGCUGAACAA